AUGUCAGCAGUGACCAAUCAGCCUCUUCCCUUUGGUCGACUGGAGCGAGAGAAGCAUGUCCAGAUGAUCUUCAGAGCUUUCCAGAACCGCUGUGCGCCUUCAUGUGAGUGCCACACUGGCUCACCUGGAGCCAAAGCCCACCAAACGCCUAUUGACUUGGAAUCUGAUGAGCAGCCGGCAGGUCCGGCUCCUGGGAGGAAGGUGGAGGACGGCUACACGCAGCCACUGGGGAAAGCGUGCAGGCCGGGGGUGGAACAGCAGUGGCCUGGAGGUGCAGCGGGAUCACACUUUAUGUCUGUGCUGGACACAGUCAGUCAAAUACACAUCACUGUCAGACCAGAGCUGCAGGGCCCAACGUGUGUUCCCAGGAGGAUCUACAAUAUCACCACAGGAGGGUCACAGUUAUUUGUGGCCGUGGAAGAGAGCUCUUGUGUGUGCCUCCAGUGUUGCGGUCCAGCCCGGGCCUGUUCACUGCAGGGUUUUGACUGUCAGGGCCACCAGGCGUUUUAUUUUGAAAGGCCUCUCAGGGUUGACGCCUGCUGCCUCGGCUGCUGCCUGAUGGAGAUGAGGGCCUACACACCUCAGAAACAACUCAUUGGCACUGUAUGCCAGAGGUGGAGCAUGUUCACCCCUCUUCUGGAAGUGUGUGAUUCUGAAGGAGCAUUUACCGUCAGAAUCCAGGGCUCCUAUUGUCCAUGCCGCUGUUUCUCCAACCAGCAAUUCCAGGUUGUCUCCAACAUUGGUGAGAAAAUAGGCACAAUAUGGAAGAAAUGUCCCACCCCCACUGACGAACAUAACAUGGACCAUGAUUUUUUUGGGUUGGAAGUGCCACUGAGGUUGGAAUCACACAAUAAACUGCUGCUGAUGGCAGCCUCUUUCUUGUUGAAUCACAUGUUCUUUGAAAUGAGCUGAUAAAUCCUGAGUCAACUGACAUUGUUGGAAGUGGUCUACAACUAAUGGACACUCCAGCCAACUCACUUUGACACAAGAGACUGCAUCAUUUCAUAGUCUUUGUAAGACA